AUGGCCGCUCCUCCGUUGACCGAGAAGCAAGUGUACCUGGCGCUCAAGGACAUCUUCAGCAUUGGUCCAACACCGCCUAGCACUGCGAAAAAGAUUCGCAAGAAUAUUGAGAAGUAUAGAUAUGACGCCAAGGUUGCGCCUCUGGUUCAAACAUAUGGAGUGGAAGGUGUUACCGCGGUAGCCUUCGCUCUGUCAGGAAACCAGGUCUUUGCUUCAACCGAGAAAGCGAAAACACGCUUUCCUGAUGUCUUUGGAAGCCUUUCGAAUGAGCCCAGUCCAGUAAAUGCCCCCGUGUUCCAGACUGGAACGAACAGCGCAGCGGCUGUGCAGCCAGCAGUUACCGAGUCCAGCACUGCAGCAAGUAGUGCAGCAGCUAUGCAGCGCGUAGAAGGGGUCUAUAGUCCCGAGGAACUCAUGGGUAUCGGUGACAGGCUCAAAGCUAGGAAGGAGAGAGAGAAGAUCGAGACUGCCUUACCACUCUGGGACCAGCACCGCAUCCUCGUCAGAGUUCAAUACACUCUUGAAAAGACAUGCUUCAAUUUUGCUCAGGAGAGGCUAGCUGGGCUUUUAUAUCGAGAAGGUUGGGACUGCGCUGAGGCAGUUGAACUGAACCAAUGGGCCAGGACUUUACUCAUCUACCGAGAACAACUCAACCUGGACGACGUGAAAGGCGAUGUAAAGCCUUUGCCCAGUCUCAUGGAAUCGGUAAUCCAGCUCCGACAUAACGCCGUCCACCGAGUUCGCCUGUCUUCCGGUGAACUCUUACAGCACCUUACCGAUGCUGUACUUCUUGCGCAGCUCUUACAUGACGACAAAUGCGACGUAUUUCUCUCGAAUUUACGGCAGAGGACUCAUGAUGCUAUUGAAGAGCUUGUACGCAACAAGCAGUUACUGGACGGAAGAUUAGCAGAUAUCAAGAGAGAGUUUGCUGCAAAGAGAGCUGAGCUUGAGCGCCAAGAAGCUGCGUUACUGGAGGCUGCGGUGAACGAUCAUCGAGUGCCUAUGUUCUCUGUCAGUGGAAGUUUACAUCGGCUGUCGGACGACCACGGUAGUACUACUGAGCAGGUACAUGCGCCAUGGCUACGUGUGUACGAUGCCGAUCUACCCGAUAAUGGUUCUUCUGGAACUGAAGAUACCACCAGCCAAAGUCCGGAGAAUGAGGCCAUCAAAGUAAUCGAGGACGAUGCAGACGUUAUCAGCCCACCGCCCAUGCAUCCUGGACCUACACCACCAGUCGAUGAUGUCUUGCUCGAAUCAGUCGUCCAACCCAAGCAUCAAGAAGUUGAAAAAGAUGAGGACACGAUUCCUAUAGAGGAGUCAAAGCUCGACGAUCACGAGAGCGACCAGGAGGACUCUCUAGACCCUCCACCACUCGACCAAGAUGAUACAGCGACAGACACCGAGGAAGCAACGGAAAGGCAUGGGAACAGUCUGGAAAAAGCGCAUGCACCCGAUUGGGAAGACUCCAAGUUCCAGGAUAAUGAUGAAGAGGUCUUCUAUGAGCCGAGUACCAGUCUCGCGUCUGCUUGCGUGGACGAAGCUGUAAGCGACGAGUUAGAACUCCAUCAAGCAUCACCUAUCGAAGACCAAAUACGAGUCAUAGCCUGGGAUCCGGAUGGCAGCGAAACAAAGAUACAGCGCAUAGGGUAUCGCUUAUGA